AUGGCAUCAAUUUUUGGUCAUCUGUAUGAAGCACCCUGUCCUCUGGAGCCAGUGUCAGAUGAUAUUGCUUUUCCAGUUGGAUUUGCUUGGGGUGCAGCUACAAUAGCAUAUCAAAUUGAAGAAGGCUGGAAUGCAGAUGGAAAGGGCCCUAAUGUCUGGGACACAUUCACCCAUCAGGGAGGAGAUCGAGUUUUCAAGAACCAGACUGGUGAUGUAGCUUGUGGCAGCUACACUCUGUGGGAGGAAGAUUUGAAAUGUAUCAAACAGCUUGGAUUGACUCAUUAUUGCUUUUCUCUUUCCUGGUCACGUCUGUUACCUGAUGGGACGACAGGUUUCAUCAACCAGAAAGGCAAUUGUUUCUUAAAAAUAGAAGGUUGCAGCUUUAAUUCAAGGAGGUACCCUGAGCAGAAUGAGUUAACUGCUAAACAUGAGUUGUCAGUAGUGGAGGCAUUGAGUCUGAGAGAGUUUGAUGUUAUGCCUCAAUUCAGCACGAAAUAUUGCUUCAGAACAUUUGGAGGCUGGGUGAUCACUAUUAAUGAGCCUUAUGUUGUUCCUAUAUGUGGCUCUGAAAAUGGUAUACCCUCAGUUGGUACCAGAGCUUACAAGGAUGCUUAUAAUGUGCUAAAAGCUCAUGCUAAAACCUGGCACAGUUGCAACAAGAUAUGGACAAAACAAAGUGGGCUUGUGUCUAUAGCUCUGAACUGAGAUUAGUAGAACCUCUGUAGCAAAUCAAAAAGUGACUUUUGCUUUUUGUUCUUUAACUUAGGUAAUUUUUUCAGGGCAACAUUUGUUGAUGAUGAAUAUCCAGCCAUCGUGAAGUCCGAUAUUUCUGCAAAGCAUUCAAAGCAGAGUUACUUAUCAACAAGUCUUCCAGAAUUCAUUAAAGAGGAAAAUAUUAUCAUCAUUGGUACUGCUGACUUCUAUACUCUGAACUAUAGAAAUGAUACAUAUAAUAACCCUAUAAUUUAUAUCACUGAGAAUGGGUUUUCCCAAAGUGACCCUGCACUACUUGAUGGCAGUCAACUAUGGGAGUAUUUCAGGCUGAUUUUACAGGAAAUUUUAAAAGGUACCAUUUAA